CGAUCACUUAUAGUAGAGUUGAACGUUAACACGGGACUCUUAAAAUUACCAUUCUAUCUCGAAUCUCCGGACUAAUUCGGGUCUUCGACUACGACAAUAGGUAUAAAGGAUUGCGUAUGCGUUAGUGUGUACAACGCAUUUUCAAGCCUCACGCGAGAACGAUACGGUCGUUGUUCUUUCAUGCUAUCAAAACGAACUGGAUGAUCUAGCCUUAUCAUCAUGAUUGCCACUCUUCGAACGCCGGAGCUGGUGCAGAUCACGCUCUCCGACGAGGAGCUCUCCAGCAAGCAAAUCGGAUCACAUAACCUUCAAAAAGCCGUUGAGGCAUUGCACCGUGAUGGAAUAGUUGCCAUUACCAAUGCUGUCGAGCACGCCCAUAUCGACAAGCUAAAUACACGCAUGGUCAAAGAGGCUCAGGUGCUGUACGACAAUCCUAAGACUCAUCGAAACUUUGGCUCUCGCACGGGUAAUAUUCAACAAGAGCCGGUCAACGAUCCUGACUAUCUGUUUGAGGACAUCAUUGCAAACCCUUGGGCCAGUUCCAUCACAGAAUGCAUGCUUGGCCCUAAUCCACAUGUACGGUUUUACAGCGCCAACACGGCCUUCAAGGCUGAGGGGCGACAGCCACCGCAUAUUGAUGUCGACUUCGAUUUCCCAAAGAUUCCUUUCGGAUUCUGUAUCAACACUUAUCUCGUUGAUGUUUCACCCACGAACGGGUCGACCGAGGUCUGGCUUGGUAGUCAUAUUGAUGCAGACCCUAGCAUCAACGACGAGGACGGCGAGAAAGGUAUUCGUGCUGAUAUUGUCGAACAGCGUAGAAAGACCAGUCCGCCUAUUCAGCCAACACUACCGAAGGGCGCAGUGAUUAUUCGAGAUUUCAGACUAUGGCACGCAGGCAUGCCAAACCGUAGUGAUGAUCCACGAGUAAUGGUGGUUACCAUUCAUUUCCCUGCCUGGUACAGAAGCAAUCAGAAGUUCUUCCUACCGAAACAACUUGAUGGCAAGAUCAACUGGGGCAGAUUGGUGCCUUGUGUCGAGUUGGUGGAUGAGGAUUAUGACUACCUCACAGGCAGACACGACCACGAUUUUUCGCUGCUGCCUUAAACAACCUGAGUAUGGCUCUAUGAUACUGUAAGCGGAACAUAUCUUACUGUACCUCUUUCGUACUGGACUCAAAGAAAGAAAAUUACGCUGGAACUUAUG